AACAUACUGUAUAGAACAUAUGCUGAUGUAGAAUACACCUCGGAUUUGCUUUACCUGUUUAUCAUUUGUAUGUGCUUUGUAUAUGUUGCUUUCUAUUCCUCCACUUUUCUAUAACAUAAAUUCUAUGGAUUAUGUUUGCAAAUGGCGAACGCUUAAGUCAACAUCAAAUGUGAGCUGUUUUGCCGAUUUUAAAUUAUUUAACAUGAAUAGAUUAUUGUGAGAAAAAAAACGAUAUUUACAUAAGUAGGUUAAAUGUGCUUGAAUUGUAUAGCGAAUGCAACAUUUGUUGAAACAUAUGCGGAUUUACCUGUUCAAACAAGUUUACAGUUAAUCAGACAUAAUAUGGUGAAACAUGACUCUCGGGUAUGACUGGAUUGUAUUGAAAAUGAAUCACAAAAUGUGAAACGAUUAAAUAUAAGUAGUACAAAAAGAUCUGUCGAUCACAUGUAGAUGUUAAACCAGUGUGAAAUGUGGAACGCUAGUAUAUAAUGCUAUCCAUUGAUUUAAACUGACAGUAUAUUCGGAUAUAUAUGCGUAUCUUUAUGAUUCAUAUAUCACGAAUACCAAACGCUUCGAAAUAUUUAGGCUGUUUCGUGCAUCGUGCAUUUUCAGCUACUUGCACGAGAAAUGCGACUACAACUUUAAUAUCUGAUACUUUGAGGCGGAAACAGUGGACAUAUUUUACAAGGGACCAUGCACUAUGAUUGCUACGUGGUAUUUUCAGUGUUGUUCCUGUUGUAUACUAGUGUUGAUCAAAAUUGCAUUUGCCCUUGAAUGUGAUCCUACGAAAAUCGAAGACGAUGAGCAGAAAAGAUAUGAAUGUUUGGUGCAGACCUUGUUUGAUCCAUCCAAAUACAGUCCUCUUGUACGACCCGUACAAAAUAUCAACGAAACACUGAAUGUUGAGUUCAGCGUCCAGCUCAGUCAGAUUAUAACUUUGGAUGAGAAGAAUCAGGUCAUGAAAACAAAUGUUUGGCUGCAACUGUACUGGAGAGAUUAUCAACUGGCAUGGGAUAAAAAAGGAUACGAGGCAUAUAAUGAUAUAACAGUGGUGCGAAUUAGACCUGACCUUAUAUGGCGACCAGAUGUCGUAUUAUUUAACAAUGCUGAUGGGAAUUAUGAGGUCUCCUACAUGUCAAAUUGCCUUGUAUUCAAAGACGGCACAGUAAAUUGGAUUCCACCAGCUAUCUAUAAAAGCUCUUGUAAAAUUGAUGUUCAGUACUUUCCCUUUGAUGAACAAAAUUGUGAUUUGAAAUUCGGCUCCUGGACAUUUUUGGAUCAUCAGUUGAACUUUUCUUUUUACAAAAAAGUUUCACAUUUUGAUGUAAGUGACUAUCUUACAAAUGGUGCUUGGGAUAUAGUUGAAGGAGACGCUGAAAUAAAAAAGACUUCCACAGGAAAAACUAAUGAAUUUAAAGCUAUGGUGAUAUUCCGACUUCGUUUAAGGCGAAAAACUUUAUUUUACACUGUCAAUCUAAUUAUUCCAUGUGUUUUAAUUUCAUUUGUGACAUUAUCUGUGUUUAUUUUACCGGCUGAUGCUGGCGAGAAAAUUACUUUAUGUAUAUCCAUUCUUCUUGCUUUGGUUGUGUUCUUGCUGCUGAUUUCAAAAAUACUUCCACCAUCAUUAACUAUUCCAUUGAUAUCUCAAUAUCUGUUGUUUACAUUUAUUAUGAAUAUUUUAGCUAUCGUGAGUACUGUUAUUGUGAUAAAUAGAAAUUACAGAACGCCUAGAACUCACCAAAUGCCUUACUGGGUUAGACUAGUGUUUUUAAAUUUUCUUCCAAGAAUAAUGUUUAUGAAAAGACCAGACCACGACGAUCGAUGGAACGAAACAUCUGAUGAUAAAGGAGAUACUCCUCCCAAAAGGAAUAUUAAUAGAGACCCAGAUUUAACUCGGACUACACACAAUUGUUUACCACAGGCACAGCCUCAACCAUUUAGUGGAGGAGAAAUUGAAAAUUUGAUAGAAACUCAUCAUGCUCAUUGUCGUUUAAAUGCCACCUCUCAACAGGAAGAAGAUUCAGCUGGUAAUAUGGAGACAUCAUUCAUAAACAAAGCCUUAAAACCUGUAUCACAGGAAAUAUAUAGAGCAGCUGAAUCUGUCAAAUUCAUACAUAGACAUCUUAAAAAAGACGACGAAUAUCACACUGUUAUUGAUGACUGGAGAUAUGUUGCCAGGGUGAUUGACAGGCUUCUCUUUUCUAUCUUCUUCGCUGUUACUGCGUUUGGAACAUUGGGUAUAUUCAUGAAAGCGCCACAUAUUCUGGAGACUGUUGACCAAAAUGAGAUCUUGGCUGAAAUGAACGCAGCAUGGGAUGCGGUGAAAUCAGCAUAGAUGCAGAUCAUUCAUUCAAAAAGAAAUGUGGACGGUAGAACGAACAAAUAGUCCUAUUUUGAUAUUUUUACAUAGUUAUUAACAACUUAUCAUCUUAAUUUGUGAAUGUAAACCUUCGACAUCUGUCAUCAUCUGCGUUUUUCCUCAGGAUGAAAUAACACAAAAUAAUGCAAAAGGUCCUAUGCAUUAACAAUAGUCUACAGAACAUGAUUAUUAUAGGAGCGUGCAUGCUCAUCGUUUCUCCUUAUUGUUAACAACCAUAAGUCAUUUUAUUGUUUAUAUGUUAUUAUAUUUUUAUUUGUUUAAAGCAAGGGUUGUAAAUAACAGGUAUUUAUUAUUAAAAUUGAUAAAAAAGGAAAGUGUAUGAGAGACACACAGAUGCAAAUGGUAUGCCACAAAUAAAUAUACAUGUACAUACUUGUUGUAGUAUUAGGAAUAUUAUCAAAUGUUAAUUGAGUAAUAUAUUUCUAGAUAAAUAUGUUGUUUUCAACCAGACCAAUGCAUCAUUGUCUUUCCCAACAUUGUAGGAAUCAUAUUUACAAUGACAUUUUACAAUCCAUUCCUUGAUUUUACCUCAUUUGACAAACAUUUGCAUUUGUUUUGUGUCAAUAGCUCCAUCUAUAACGGCUAUCAAUUAAGAGUUAAAUGCUGAAAAUACAUGUAUAUUCCUAUUCAAGAAUAUGAUCAAAAUUCUAAAGCUCUAUUCAACUUACUAGAUACUAGAUAAUGGAAUUUUAGAUGUUUUAAGUGCACGAAGAAAGAUUUCACACAUUACAACGAAGACUCAAUUAUAUAAUUUUACAUUAAUUUUUUGCAUUAUUUUCUUAGGACAAUCCGUCCGAUCUGUGCCUUAUGCGAAGAAUGGUAAAUUGCAUUCAUUGCAAUAUUUUUCAUACCAUUUUGUCUUUCAGGCGUAAUGGAUUCUUAUAAUAAGUCUAGACUUAUGCAUCAUACUUACAUAUGUACAUGUACAUUUAGUAUGUUUUAUAUACCUCCAAAACGUUGGAAGGUAUAUUAUGAAUAUAAUUAUGAAACACAUUUUUGUUCUAAUUUUAAGCCCACAAGCUUUUUUUAUAAGGAAACAACUAAGAUAUUAUUCAGCACUUAUUUGCCGAAAACUCGUUUUGCUAAAUACUUUAAAUUACUAUUCCUAACUGUAUCAUAAAAAUUGUUAUGAUGUGUUUACCGAGUUUCAUCAUGAACAAACACAACGUGGUCAUUGUGAACUGUUUUAAUUGUUUGAUUUCCAUCGUAUAUCCCUUAUCAGUGACGCUCUCACACUUUUGUCCAUUCUAAAACAAUUUAUCAUUACAUUUUUGUGACUCCUUCAUUGAGAUUCUAUUAAAUAAGAUAAUCAUUUUAUCAUAAACAUGAUUCCUGUGAUUUUAGUAACGAAGAGAUCAGUAAGUCAACACAAAUUUAUAACCUUUUCCACGACCAUUUCGUCUGUGGGGACGAAAAAUUUGUUGACAUUUGAUCUUAUGUUACUCAUACUUUGAUAGGUAUUUUUAUCUUUAUCUGAAUUUGUUACUGCGACCGUUGUUUUAGAACUGUCUUGAGGAUAUUUGUCAGUCAGAGAUAUAAUAGAUUUACUAACAUGAAUAUAAUCACCAGUCGUGACACUUCAAAUAUCAUUUUUUUCACAUCUAUCUUAAUGCUUAUGUCACUGCAUUAUUGGUGCCAUACUAUUUAUAUGUACGUUUUUGUUUUGUUUUGAUGAGAAUAAAAAGAAUAAAAAGAAAUUGCGAACAUUUCAUUUCACAAAUCGU